GAAAAAAGAGCCCGGACCUUGGGGAAUACGAUCCCCUCACUCAGGCUGACAGUGAUGAAAGUGAAGAUGACCUGGUACUCAAUAUCCAGAAGAAUGGGGGGGUCAAGAAUGGGAAGAGCCCCCCUGAGGAGGUGCAGGACCCUGACUCUGAUGUGGAGGUUGGGAUGACAAAGCAGCACACGUCAGAGAGCGCACCUGAGGGUUAUCCUGCAGAGGCAGCUGGGAGUUUGGAGCAGAAGACUGCUCCCUCCCUCAUGCCAUACUUGCGCACAGCGAUCUUUUUGCUCACUGUGGUGAUCUCGAUGAUUCUGGUGCUGGUGUGCGCGUUUCUAAUUCCCUGUCCCCCUAGAGACUUGCAUAACACGUGGAACCGCAACCUAGGUCAGGGAACAGGUGGUGUGUUAUCUCCACUGGAGCUGUGUGACGUGAACGGCGAUGGGCUCCCUGACAUCCUGAUUGUCUUCACUGCCUUGAUGAAUGCUAGUGUCAGGGGUGUCUCUAGGCCCUCCGUAACUGUGGUGGCCCUUUCUGGUAUGAAUGGCAGCACCCUGUGGUCCAUCGAGCUUCCAGAGGAGACUCGGAGUGUGCAGUGCAAAGGGCUGUCACUGGGGGCACCUGCAGAGCCCGUCUGCCUUGUUACAGGAACAUCAAAAUUCCUCAGCCUUCUCAGUGCCUCCACAGGCAAGACCAUCUGGACACUAAACUCCAUCCACCUUUCAAGCGGGAUCCUGGCUGCACCGGCUGCAACUCUUCCAGAUGUAGAUGGAGAUGGUGUUAAGGAUAUUGUUGUUCUGGCUCUCAAAGAGACACAGCCUGAUGUGUUUUUCAUCUUGGUGUCAGGAAAGACUGGGACUGCUUUGGGUGGGCCUGUGAGGUACAGCACCAAUGGAGAAGGGAAAGUGAUUGGCCCCCAAGUCCACAUCACCAGUCGGGGAGCCAUCUACAUCCUGUUUGGUUUUGGUAAUGUUCAAGCAGUUGCCCUGAGGGAUAUCUUUACUCAAGCCAGAAACCGAGACAGCUUUUCUGCAAUGCUGCAGCAGGAGGAACCAGAGUGGGAAAAGCGCAGAUCUGUCAACCUGUCAGAGCUCAUUGACAUUUACAGUGGGGGUGUCGACUUCCUGCAGACAAUGAAGACACCUGACACAAACUGCAGCAACCUGCUCAUCACAUCCAAAGAGGGCUUGAUCCUACUGCGGGGGCAAGACCUGGAGCCCCGCUGGACCUUGGAACUACAGAACAUCAGCAGUGAGCCUGUACCAGGUUACUUCAGUGCUGACCAAACUCUGGACUUCCUGCUGCAAGCACAGAUGGGAGAUGGGAACAAAAAGGUGAUGGUGGUAGAUGGCAAAUCUGGCCUCCCUCUCUGGAACCAGGAACUCCCAUGGCAGAAGCAACAACUUGAUGCACUGUCAGUCAUGACUUUGGACAAGAAGUCCGUUUUUCUCUUCUGGGCUGAUGAAGCACAGCCUGUGUUACAAAAUUUGCAUCCUGGUCCCAGAACUGAGCACCCACGGCUGCACCACCUCUAUCUCCUCCAUCCUGUUUUUCCUACAGUCCUUUUGGACCUCACCAAUGCAACAGACAAAGUCAUUGCUUCAGCAGUUGGAAUUAAUGACCUCCAGAAGGAUGCAUUUCACAUCACUGUGACAACAACUGCAACCUCUGAAAAACAGCCAGGAUUUCUCUCAGUCAGCAAGCUGGGCCUGAAGUGGGCCAUGAUGAGUCAAGGUCGUAUGGUGUGGCUGAAGGACACCACCACUCCCAAAAUCAGCCGUGGAGAAGUGAGAAGAUUUCUUGCCCGGCUGAAAUUUGUUGACUUUCCUCAACGGCUCUAG